AAACACGCUGAUUUGACAGGAGCCUCCUCCCUCCCUGCAGAAAAUUACUGACUGUGGUGGAGUCUACAUUUUCCAGCUUGGCGACACUUGUAAGAUUUGCAAAUUGAAAAGGACAGGAGACUCACCUACAUAUCUGAGCCGAGUAAUUCGCGAACGUGUAUCGUUAAGAGACGUAUAUUGACACGAUUGCAAUACCGCUACGUGCUAUUCGGACGAGUGUAAACUCACAUUGCCGCUCGAGUGCGAGGAAAGUGGCGCGGGAAGACGUAAAUACAAGUUACCUCCGCUUCGUUUUCGUAUACGCGGAGUACCUACAUUCGGAGGAUCCGAAGAAUUGAAUUCGAGGGAGGAUAGACUCGGGGAGUGCGAGAUACUUUAUUAGAUGCCGUCCGACGAGUUUUACGAGAUGUAAUACUCGAUUCUCUAAGCUUUUGGACAAUAGCCUGCUUGUAGCGAUUAGCGAGGAACUUUGGGAAUUAUUAGCUGAAAGAACGACACGCAACUGUUAAUAAUUCAUGGAAAGUUUCAAGAAUGUGUUGAGCUGACUCUAUCCGGAUAUACUCAGGGUUUCGGGAAUGGAUUCGACAUUAUUGCUGCUCCUACUGAUCGGGUGCAGCGUGAAAUUUGCGCUCGGUCAGCAGGGCCCGGUCUUCAUCCUGGAGCCGCCGAGCACCCUGGUCUUUUCAAACACCACAGGCUCCCAAUUAGGCUGCUCCGCGCACGGCAGCCCGACGCCGCAUGUCACGUGGAUUACCAGCCCGGAUCAGAGAUCGGUUACGGCAGUUCCCGGGCUCAGGCAACUUCUGGGCAACGGUACGCUAUACUUCCCGCCGUUCUUGGCUCAGGAUUUCAGAGCCGAGGUGCACAAUGCCCGGUACAGAUGCCGUGCGACCAGCUCCGUCGGGACCGUACUUUCGCGCGAGGUCACUCUCCGCGCCGUAUUGACGGUACCCGGAUACGACGUCAGGGUAAAUAGACAACCCGUCAUGGAGGGAUGCAACGCAGUGUUGUCCUGUACAGCCCGGGAAGAUGUUAAGGAACACCUCACUGUAACCUCCUGGUUCCGUGACGACGCCAUUCUCUUACCUGGAAACACAGACACCGGCGGAAGAUUCGUAGUUACUUCGCAGGGUGAUCUUCACAUUAGGGCCGCCAGGCCGGAAGACGGCAGAGCGACGUAUUCGUGUUUAACCCUGCACGCCCUGACCAGCGAACGAAGAAAAAGCGAGCCUGCCACCUUAACCGUCACGGAGCCAACCAGCUCCUCGCCGCCGCGAUUGAUGCAACGAUCUGAAAUCGCUAUUUCCGCCGAAAGCGGCUCCGACGUUCACCUCACGUGCUCGGCGCAAGGAAGCCCGCCACCGCAAUUUACCUGGUAUCGCGAUGUUAAUGGUCACUCGAUACCGGUGGAAUCGUUCGGCCGUAUCCAGCUUUGGGGUGACUUGAUGCAAAUUCGUCGCGUAGAUGCGCAGGACGCAGGAAGAUACGUUUGCCGGGCCAGCAAUCAGCUUGGCGAGCAACGAGCGGAGACGCACUUGUCAGUCACAUCAAAGCUAAACGCUCGGAUUCAGCCGCGUGUGCAGGUCAUUAAUUCCGGCGAGACCGCCACGAUGAACUGUACGGUCGAAGGAUAUCCGGUCGAGAGCGUUGAGUGGCUACAUGACGGUGUGCCAGUAUUGACCGCGCAGGACACGAGGAUCAGAUUGUUGGCUCCCUUGGUGCUCGUGAUAGGCUCCGUUGGUCGCAGGGACAAAGGGAUGUAUCAGUGUUUGGUGAGGAGCGACAAGGAAAAUGCUCAGGCCACCGCCGAACUCAAACUAGGAGAUACGGUACCGGAACUGCAGUACACGUUUAUCGAGCAGGCGCUACGACCGGGCCCGCCGGUCUCCCUGCGAUGUUCCGCUACCGGUUCACCGACGCCAUCCUUUACGUGGCUACUCGACGGUGAACCACUGAGCCAGAUAGCGACUGGGCACAGAUACGCGAUAGGCCAAUACGUGGAUCAAUCCGGUGACGUGAUCAGUCACUUAAACAUUUCGUCAGCGGGAGCCGAGGAUGGUGGCCUGUACGCUUGUGUGGCGUCCAACACUCUGGCAACUGUCGAGCACAAAGCUAGACUGAAUAUUUACGGACCGCCGUACAUCCGAUCGAUCGGCCCGGUUCGCGCCAUCGCCGGUGUCGACAUUACAAUAGCGUGUCCUUACUCAGGAUAUCCGAUCACAUCGGUCGGAUGGACCAGAGGUGGUGCCGAGUUGCCCUUUGACAUCAGGCAGCGGGUCGACAGCGAGGGCCACCUUACAAUCCUCACGGUAGACCCAAAUGACGCCGGUACUUACACGUGUAUAGUUCGGGCAAGUUCCGGGGAGACCGCCAAUCGAGAUAUAUUGCUGACUGUUAAUAGUCCUCCAGUAAUGAGUCCCUUCAACUUUCCCGCAAAUUCGCAAGAAGGCAGUCGUGCUCAAGUGACCUGUAGCGUAACGUCGGGCGAUCUUCCAAUCUACAUUUCCUGGUUGAAAGACGGCGAGCCACUGCCUUCUUCCCUUCGCAUCGAAGAGCGAGGCGCCGAGUUUUUCAGCCUCCUCGUCUUCAAGGAGCUGUCGUCGCGGCACAGCGGCAAAUACACCUGCGUGGCUACGAAUAGCGCCGCGAAGGUCAACCACACGGCCGAACUUUUGGUAAAAGUACCGCCCCAAUGGAUAUUCGAACCGCUAGACGUGGCGACGCUUUUGGGCAAUCCGUUAAAUGUCCAUUGCGAGGCCAAAGGUUUUCCACCGCCGCGUAUCACGUGGCUACGUGCCAGGGGCAGAACGUCCAACGACUAUCAGCCGCUGGUCGAUGGUUCCGAUGGUAGACUCACGAUAUUGCCUAAUGGGUCUUUGUGGACGGCUUCCGCCGGUCCGCAGGAUGAGGGUUACUAUCUUUGUCGGGCUAACAAUGGCAUCGGAUCCGGACUAAGCAAAGUGAUAUACGUGUCGGUGCAUGAACCGGCGAGAUUCGAGUUUCAGAGUAAAAAUGUAACAAUUCGCCGUGGAGAAUCCGUGACUAUUGAUUGUACUGUGAUCGGCGAUAAUCCUAUAGAGGUUCAAUGGAUGCACAACAGCGAUCGAUUGGAUAUGAGCAAUCAUAGACUAAGCAUCGGUCAAAUAAAGACUGACAACGGCCUGAAAUCCCAAUUAUCUAUCGCAAACAGCGAUCGUCAAGAUUCCGGAGUCUAUAGAUGUACCGCUGAUAACGCUUACGGAAGAAGCGAGCAUCUGAUUUAUUUAGCAGUCCAAGAGAGGCCGGAUCCUCCAGCCGGACUCGAAGUAAUAGAGAUCGGUUCCCGAUCGAUACGGUUAUUAUGGAAGCGAGCCUUCGACGGAAACAGCCCUAUAAGAAAUUACGUGAUACAAUACCGCUCGCUGAGCCACGGUAUGACCGAUGAUUGGAAUCCCGUUAAAACGCACAAUGUCACGUACACGCCAGGAAGCUCCAAUAGCGGUAAUUCUAUACAUCCGACUCAAAACGGCUUAUCUCCUUUCGAAACCACCGGCGAUGACCAAGAGGUAGCUCUGGUCGGUGGUCUUCAUCCGGCGGUCACCUACACCUUCAGGAUAUUCGCUAUAAACUCCAUCGACGCGAGCGGACCCACGGAAUCUGUCGUAGCGAAGACUCAGGAGGAAGCACCUACCGAACCGCCGCAAAACAUCAAAGUGCAGUCCGCCGGGCCUGGAGAGCUUAUGGUUAGUUGGCAACCACCUCCAAAAGAAUCGUGCAACGGGGAUUUGCUGGGAUACAUAGUGACGUGGUCAGAACAUUCGUCAUCGACUUCGGGUGUCAAUCAAAGUAAAAGCUUAACCGUAAAUGGUUGGGCGACGACGAAGGUGCAGCUAACUGGUUUGAGAAAAUUUACCAAAUACGACAUUUCGAUCAGAGCCUUCAACAGCAUAGCCAGUGGACCAGCUAGCGCUCCCAUCGUGGGUACUACUCAAGAAGGAGUACCGGAAACGCCACCGACUCAAGUGACAUGUGUCCCACUGUCUUCCCAAAGCGUCAAAGUAUCUUGGAGUGCGCCUCCACCUCACCAGCACGGCGGAAUUAUUCAAGGAUAUAAAGUCUAUUACAGGCCGGUUCCUACUGACAACAUGGAUAUAUCGACGGUUGGCGAAGUUAAAAGAACUUCCAGCAUGGACACCUACUUGCACACGUUGUACAAGUACACGAAUUAUUCCAUCAAGGUAUUAGCUUACACGGGCGCGGGUGACGGAGCGUUGAGUCCACCGAUCUUCUGCAUGACUGAAGAGGACGUUCCAGGUCCGCCCGCUGGUAUUAAAGCAUUAGCCCUUACGGCUGAAAGUAUAUUGGUUUCCUGGUUGCCACCGUUGCAACCUAACGGAAAUGUCUCGAAAUACACUGUGUACAGCAGAGAAACUGGCUCCAAAAGUCACAACGCCCACACGAUGCUCGAACCGCCAUCGUCGCCUACGGAUACCCUUACGAUGGAAUUACGAGAUCUAGUGGAAAGGCAAUUGUACGAGUUCUGGGUGUCGGCAACGACCGGUCUCGGAGAAGGCGAACGAACCACCAUAGUUACGCAAACAACGAAUACCAGAGCUCCCGCUAGAGUGGCGUCGUUCUCGCAAGUAUUAAGAAGAGCUGUAAAAUCAUCGGUCACGCUGUCGUGUUUAGUGGUUGGAAAUCCUACGCCACGACCUAUCUGGACAUACAAAAACAAUCAAAUCAGCACAGGCAGACAUUACGAGCUUACACACGACGGGCAUCUUAAUAUACGCGGAUUGGAGCAAUCAGUCGCAGGAAAUUACACUUGUUCAGCUAGUAAUUUAUUCGGCGACGACUCCAUCACGUAUUCGUUAGUCGUAGUGAUGCCGCCCAGAGCACCGUCGUUAGAAUUGCAAUAUACAACAACAAACAGUAUCAGAUUCCGUUGGAACCAUCCUGACAACGGCGGUGCCACGAUACAAGGAUACGUGUUAAGCUACAAGAGGGAUCAGGGCGGAUGGGAAGAAAUUGCCUUGUCUCCUGAGCAGACGGAAUUCGUGCUCUCUGGAUUAAAAUGUGGUUCUUCCUACUUAGCGCAUUUAACAGCACAUAAUCGUGUCGAUACCGGCGAUCCGAGUCCACUAAUCAGCGCAACAACGAAGGGCACUGCGCCUCUAUUGCCUAAAGAGAGAGAUAUUAUUUCGGCAAACGGCACGUCGGUGAAGUUGAAUUUAUUAUCUUGGCCUAACGGAGGCUGUUCCAUUCAAUAUUACACCGUCGAGUAUCGGAGACGAAUCAAUACGGAACCGUGGAUUUUGGUGGCCAGUAGGGCAACCGAUAACGUCGUAAUUCGUGAUUUAAAAACGGCAUCGUGGUACAGUUUGCGUUUAACGGCUCACAACGACGCUGGCUCGACUCAGACCCAAAUGGAGUUUGCCACGACCACGUUAAGCGGAGUCAGUAUCGGUCCGCCCAACGACUUGAUAAUGGAGGACGAGAUCAAGAAGACCGUGCCUAAUCACAAAGUUCUAUAUGUCAUCGUACCGCUCAUCUGUGCAAUCAUUUUAAUUGUUUCCGCGGUUAUCCUGGGAUAUGUCAUGCUUAAACGUAGCGGCAGAGCGAACUAUUUAGGCGAGAUAUUACCAGGCCAACAGCAGCAACAGCAAGCUGGAUUAGGGAUAGUUCAACAACAACAGCAUCAGCAACAGCAUCAUCACUUGUCCAGUUGUAUGUCGACCGUACAACUCAAAUCGACGGCUGAACGAGAUAACAGACGUAAUCAUCAGGUGUACACUAGCUCGCCCGUGAAACAAGAAAAUCACAAGUCCGCCGAUCACGGAUCUGAAAUGUACGAGAUAAGUCCGUACGCCACGUUUAGCGUUCCCGGAAGAGAGAAUCGUUCGGUCACAACUGCGACGCUCGAUUACACGAUGCAGUUCAAGACGUUUGGUCACUUGGAGAACGAGGACAUCAAUACGAUCGAUUACGAGAGAUCCAGCGUGGAGUUUGAAAGGUCGAAAACACCAAGGUGGCACAAGCAACGCUACUUUCCGAGCAUCGCGGAAGCCGAGAGCAAGCUGCGAUCGAGUCGACAAGGCUCCGGGAGCGACACGUCCGGAAGCCCUUGCGGCGAAUGCGCCGGGCCUAGCUAUAGAGUGCCAGUAAAGCCUUGUAGAGAUGUAUUUUCGCGAGGCGUCGAAUCGAGUACGGAAUCUAACAACGAAGGCUCACCCUCACUCGCGAGACGACGAAGCCGACAGCCGAGCCGGUCUACUCGCAGGUAGCCAAGAUACCAGCAAAGGAAGGAGCAAGAAAGACAAGAAUUCACUAUACAUGUAUGAUCGAGAUUCGCUGGUUCGACUUGGUAUCUUCACCGGACGAUUUAACGUUAUUUAGAAAGAGAUGUCAAACCAUCUCUUCUCAAAACCAUCCGUCGCCCCGUUGAACAAAAAUUUUAAUGUGAAGGACAAUUUAAUUUUGAAUGGAAAUAGACGAGUGGUAAAAGAGAGAUUCUCUCAGGUCCAUUUGUGUCAAAGAGGCGUCUCGAUAUAACUGAUCUGCGUUGCACCAAAUACUGCCGUUAUUAUAUACAAAACAUGGCCUUCGUAUAUUAUCCUGUAUGUGCCACGUACGAUAUAUAUACAUAUAAACGCCGAAUUUCGAGAAAAAAAAAACACCAAAUCCCGUCGGCAAUAUACACACAAUUAAGCAAUCAAGAAGUAACGGAAACAUUCGAUGAUUAACUGUAACGGUUUUUGAUAGCAUUUAUUCUUUCUAUCACCGAAUUACGAUUUACAAUUACAUUGUCUCACCGUACGAAACGUGAUUACGAUAAAAAAAAAAGUCUGAUUGACCGAUCCAUUAUUUUCGCGACGACCAAUUACUGAUAUAUAUACAGGGUGAACGCCAACUUCCAUACGAGUACCUCCGCUUCACUAGUGCGAUCUAUUUAUUACCGAGCUGUUCUAUGUAUGACUGUAGAAAUGACCGUCUAUUCGCGGUAAUGAAUAUUGCGUUUUAAAAGAUUUAAAAAACGCUGCAACGGCCGCAGUGUUACACGUUAUCCCCUUCUCCCCCCGUAAGAAAUAGGUCAAUUAAUUCGAAACUAAUGAUAGGCAUUUAUUCGAAAUAAAAUUGAAUUCGUAAUUUUGGCAGUCAAAAAUUGAUUCUCAAAUUCCUAUCUCAAUUUGAAAUAUUCGAAAGUGCUCCGAUUCGACUCCAUUUCACGCAAUUCAACUACAAAACCGGCUCUCCAUUGCAUAAACGAUUUUUCGAAUAAUGCCAACUUGAUUAGAAAUCGUAUAGUAUUAAGAACGUCACAUAAAGAAAAAAAAAACGAAGACUUUAUUGGGAAGAUAAAGAGGGCUUACGCGUGCUCCUUUCUCUAAUUCUAAUUGAACGUAAUUGUGCGCUAUAACAGAUAGUAUUUACGAAUCGAUUAUCCGAAUAAGAAGCGGCUAGCGCCUUAACUAUGUAAAUAACUGCUCGUUGAGAAACGACACUUAUCGAUGUGAUCGUAACAUACGCUAACGAUUAUGAAAUACCACGUGCACAGAGAGUAGUGUGUCCGCAACAGACAAGAUCGAGAAUCGUAUAGCAUAUAGAGCGAUCGAGAAAACUGUAGGCUUCUCGCCGGAGAUUCGGUUUCCUUUCGCAGAUCUCUCCCGUAACGUGAGACUGAUCGUUAACCGAGUACGCUUACAUUGAUUUCUGCCACGAAGAGUAUAAAGGCCGGUCUACAUAAGUCGCAACACGCAAAACGCAAUUCGCAAACGCAGAGAGAAAAAAAAAGAAAGAAACAUAAAAAAAAAGAAAGAAAGAGAGAAACGUCAUCUUGCGUUCGCGUUUGCGAAUUGCGUUUUGCGUGUUGCGAUUUAUGUAGACCGGCCUUAAACUGGUUAAUCGUCCCAAUCGAGCGACACUUCCGAUCACGCCAAAAUAAAAAAGCAAACGGAACCAGGCGACGCGCAACGUUCUUCUUUUCCCCUUUACUUUUAAUAAAAUUAAGAGAGACAAAGACUUGCUUAGAAUUAUUCUUGCGGUUGUUUUUAAGACAGUUGGGACUAAGUCUUGUAGGAAUCUCAAGAAAAUUCAUGACGUAUGUCUCUUGUUACUUUAUAACGAGUUAUUGCGUAGACGUAAUUAUGUAUAUAAACGAGAUCAGAUGAUCAGAUGAGAUAAUUUUUCGAGAUUUGCGCGUUCGAAAUUCGCGCUCAUCUCGGAGAAUUAAAGAGUUUACGCGAAGUAUAUCGCAAUUCGAUAUCAUAUAACGUCAUUCUACGAAAGAUGGAUGAAUUGAGGAGAAAGUGUUAUACAUUCUAUAAUAUCGGAUUCUCAGUUUAUAAUUUAUAUAUUUAAAUAUUGAUAUAAUUUAAACAUCGUCAUCAAUCUUCUCAACGAUUCAUCUGCCUUCGACAGAAUGAGAGAUGUUGGAGUAGUUAGAACAAGCACGAGGUGAAAUAAUAUUGCAGGAGGAGAGCAUGCGUGUAUCAUUUUAUUGCAAAUUUAAUCGCAAUCGCAAUCGCAAAACUGUCGGUUAAACAAAUGCGAUACAAACCAUUUUGGAGAGAAUAAAUGUUAAUGUGUUAAUCCAUCGCGCAGAUAGAAUUGCGAAAAAUCAAGACUGUCCGAUUAAUUAAAGCAAAUAUGGAACAACACAGAAAUUAUACAUAUAUACGACGAAAAAAGCUUAGCUAAAGAAAGACCGUUUUGACAACUUCGACGAUUCUAAGAUUUGUAUACGUCAAAGGAACGAUCUACCAAGAAAUAUGUAUACACUUACGAAGAAAAAGAAAAUAAAAAGAGCAAAUUAUGAUGCGGUAGAACUGCAA